CAGCACCCUGAAGCGAAAAUGGCACGCUCUUCUUGCACGAGGUCAUGGGCGCAGCGCCUUCCAUGCUACGAGGGCAGUCAAAGCAACAGGCUCAGUGGCUGCAACUUCUCCGGUGAUCUCCUACCGUCGCUUGGUGCUACCUCUCACCAGCCUCCCAGGCUCAGGAAAUACCUUGUCUCGCCUUACGAUCCGCGCUACAAGGUCUGGGAGACGUUUCUGAUCCUCCUAGUGGUGUAUUCGGCGUGGAUAUGCCCAUUGGAGUUCGCGUUCCUGAGGUACCUGCCUAGGGCGCCGUUCGUCGUGGACGAUGUCGUCAACGGGUUCUUCGCCGUGGACAUCAUGCUCACUUUCUUCGUCCCGUUCGUCGACAAGAAGUCGUACCUCCUUGUCGACGAUCCGAAGAAAAUAGCACGCAGUUACCUGUCGUCUUGGUUUGUGUUCGAUGUCUGCUCGACAUUCCCGUUCCACUCUACCAGCCUCCUGUUCAAUAAGCACGAGCAUGACCUGGGCUUCAAGUUCCUCAACGUCCUCAGACUUUGGCGGCUGCGUAGGGUCAGCUCCUUAUUCGCAAGGCUCGAGAAGGACAUCCGGUUCAACUACGCCGUGAUACGCUGCAUAAAGCUCAUCUCAGUGACCCUGUUCGCGAUCCACUGCGCCGGGUGCAUCAACUACCUGAUCGCCGACCGGUACCCCGACCCGAGGCGGACCUGGAUCGGCGCCGUCAUGCCGGACUUCCGGGAGGCCGGGCUGUGGAUCCGGUACGUGACGUCCCUGUACUGGUCCAUCACGACGAUGACGACCACAGGGUACGGCGACCUGCACGCCGAGAACACCAGGGAGAUGCUGUUCGGCAUCGCCUACAUGCUCUUCAACCUCUGGCUCACCGCCUACCUCAUCGGCAACAUGACCAACCUCGUCGUCCACAGCACCAGCCGCACCAGAGACUUCAGGGACAUGGUCCAGGCAGCUUCAGAAUUUGCGGCAAGGAACCAGCUGCCUCAGCAGAUCGAGGAGCAGAUGCUGAACCACAUAUGCCUCAGGUUCAAGACGGAGGGGCUCAAGCAGCAGGAGACGCUGGAUAUCCUCCCGAAGGCGAUGCGCGCAAGCAUCUCUCUGUAUCUCUUCUUCCCGGUUGUUCAAGGGUCCUACUUGUUCAAGGGAGUUUCUUCUGGCUUCAUCCAGCAACUGGUGACGGAGAUGCAGGCUGAGUACUUCGCCCCGAAGGAGGAUAUCAUAUUGCAAAAUGACAACCCGUCUGAUCUUUAUCUUCUGGUAUCAGGGGCGGUGGACUUUGUGGCAUUCCUAGAUGGAACAGAGCAGGUUUUUGGGAAAGCAGCCGAGGGAGAACUAUUAGGGGAGAUCGGAGUUAUGUGCAACAAGCCACAGACAUUCACAUUCCGGACUUCCAAACUGUCUCAGAUUCUAAGGAUCAGUAGGCCCAAGCUGAUGAAUAUGAUCCAAGAAAAUGGAGAAGACGGACAGGUCAUCAGAAGUAACCUUCAGCAGGCAAAUACUUAAAAACUGCGAAUGGAACAGAGAUUGUACUUUGGAAUGCAUCAAGACGGUUUGGCCGGUCCCUGUAAUUUGAACAAGGACGAAUCCGUGAGUCAGUAUUCAAGGGCUCUGUAGCACAAAAUUUAGUGUUCAAUAAAGUUACCACUAUAUGUGUUGAUGUGGGUUCACCGAGUGUAACGAGCGGGCUGGUUUGACGGUGUUAGCUAUUAGCACAAAAUUUAUUGGGUGUAGCACCGUUGAGCAGUUUUAAACUAGCAGAGCAAAUAGCGAGAGCAGAAGACCAUUUCGGCUCGUUUGGGGCAAGGAGCGGUG